AUGUAUACUCGCGGUCUCAGCCAGGCCAACAUUGUUGUCUCUCUUGCUUUCGGCUAUGGUGGUCUGGUCCAGCUGCUGGCUGGCAUGUGGGAAAUGGCUGUCGGCAACACAUUUGGUGCUACUGCACUCUCCUCGUACGGUGGUUUCUGGCUCGCUUUCGCCAUUGUCUUGACUCCCGGUUUUGGUAUUGGCAAGGCCCUUGAGGUCACGGACGCAGAAGGCAGGAUCACAGACGAGACCGCCUUACUCAACUCCAUGGGUCUCUUCUUGAUGGGAUGGUUCAUCUUCACCACCAUUCUGCUUAUCUGUACCCUGCGAUCCACCGUUGCCUUCUUCUUGCUGUUCUUCUUCCUGGACUUGACCUUCCUGUUGCUUGGAAUCUCGUACCUGGUCCGCCCCAAUGGAGGACAGUACGUCGCCGUUCAAAAGGCUGGCGGUCUCUUCGGUUUCCUUGCUGGCUUUGCUGCUUGGUACAACGCUCUCGCCGGUCUGGUCGACAACAGCAACAGCUUCUUCAUCGUUCCUGUUGCUCACUUCCCAUGGUCUCCCACCGGUCGUAGCCGCCGCUCCAAGACCCAGCGUGAACUUGCUUAA